AAAGUAAACAAACAAAAGUGACGUAAUGAUUCCGAACACCCGCGAGUCAAGUGACCGCGAAGCGCGAACUGUUAAGUAAACAACGCGCGAAUUUAUGGUCUGAAUAAUUUAUUGUCACUGUUAAUGUUUACUAUAAGCUUAUAGGCUAAUCAGACAUCGGGUCAACAAUUUCAAAGAUGUGCGGUCGGACUAGCUGUACUCUGUCAAGAGAUGAAUGGUGCCAAGCCUGUAGCAAGUUGACAUUCAAGAAUGGAAAGGGUCGUUACACUCCAGCAAAUUGGACUGAUCCUUCUGAUGGUUCUGGUUAUAGACAGUCUGCCAAUGUGGCUCCAUCAUCUUAUGUCCCCGUUCUUCUCAGGAACAAGAGUGGUGUGAAACGUACCACAGAAGGCGAGGAGAAACCAUCCUCACCAUUUUCCAUUGAACCUAUGAUCUGGGGACUAAUACCACCUUUUUAUCAAGGAUCCAAUCCAGCCGGACAUGGCUUCAAGACUAACAAUUGCAGAAUAGAAGGAAUUGAUACAAAGAAUACCUACAAACCCUCGCUUCACAAUGGCCAGCGGUGUGUCGUGCUCUCGGAUGGUUUUUAUGAAUGGGAAACAACAAAACAGUCAAAGACAAAACAGCCAUAUUUCAUCUACGUUCCACAAGAAGAAGGAGUAGAAAUAUGGAAUCGAAAGUCAUGGGAAAGUGAUGACUUAUGGACUGAAGAAGAGGGCUGGAAAGGGCCUAAAACUCUGAAGAUGGCAGGUCUUUAUUCUGAGUGGACUUCAACAGAAGGAAUAAGAACCAGAAGUUUUUCCGUCAUUACUAUGGAGUCAGGGAAGGAAUUCUCCAAGCUUCAUCACAGGAUUCCUGCCAUCCUAGAAACAGAUGAACAAGUGGAAGAGUGGCUUGAUUCAGGUACAUUUGGAUACAAGGAAGCCUUGCAGAAAUUAAACAACAAUCCAUCUUUGGCAUGGCACCCUGUCUCAAGUAAUGUCAACUACAGCAGAAACCAAGAUAUGAAUUUAAAUUACCCUGUUGACAUAAAUAAGAAGCCCGAAACUGGAAGCAGUAAGUUCAUGAGUCAGUGGCUUAGUAAAGGGUCGUCAUCUCCCAAAAAAAUGAAGGACAAGCCACAGGGGCCUCCUCCAAAAAAGGAGAAUACUCUGGACAAAUGGUUCAAGAGAGAAAAGGAAGUGACAAAGGAUGAAGAUGAGGCAGAUUAAUUGUCUAAGUUUCAAGUAUAUUUUCUCUCAUCAUCUGUAGAACUAUACCAGGGUAAAUUGAAUUCAUAAGAUUUGAUACUUCUGUCAUUCCUUAAAUUACAAUUAUUAUUUAGAUUUGAGUUUUUAUUGUCUACAUUUGUUGAGUUUUAGGCCAAACAUUUUCUAUUAUGCCACUCCAAUUAUUGAUUACAGUCAGUUGUGUUGUAAAUAAAAUUUAUUUUCCUUU